CGGUAUGGAUAUUUCACCAGAUGCUAAUCGUAACCUGGUCCGCCAUGCGACUAUUGUGACAUGGAGAUCUCCCGCUAAUCACUUCUCCCGCUACUCGUUGUCUAUGGAACGCUACCAAAGAAUAGAUAAGAUUGGAGAAGGCACAUACGGCGUCGUAUACAAGGCAUCAGACAAGGCCACUGGUGAAAUCGUGGCGCUCAAAAAGAUCCGUUUAGAGGCAGAGGACGAAGGCAUCCCUUCAACCGCACAUCUGGCUAUCCGUGAGAUCUCACUUCUCAAGGAGCUGCAGCAUCCGAACAUCGUUCGAUUGUAUGACGUUGUUCAUACCGAACGUCGACUGACGCUCGUCUUUGAAUAUUUGGACCAGGACCUUAAGAAGUAUCUGGAUAUUUGCGAGGGCGGACUCGAAGCAACAAUACUAAAAAGCUUCCUUUAUCAGCUUCUCUGUGGUGUUGCAUUCUGUCACACCCACCGCGUACUCCACCGGGAUCUCAAGCCACAGAAUCUCCUUAUAAAUCGUGAAGGCAAGCUCAAGCUUGCUGACUUUGGUCUUGCACGAGCUUUUGGUAUCCCAGUCCGAAGCUACACACACGAGGUUGUGACCCUGUGGUACCGUGCACCAGACGUGUUAAUGGGUUCACGCACAUAUUCAACUCCUGUUGAUAUUUGGUCUGUUGGUUGUAUCUUUGCAGAGAUGGCUACAUCCAAGCCCCUCUUUGCUGGUACAUCUGAGUCAGAUCAGCUGAAACGCAUAUUCAAGACUCUUGGAACGCCGACACCUCAGGAAUACCCGGCGCUUGUUGAGCUGCCAGAGUACAAUCGUGAUCCCGAUAUUAUGCGGUACCCAUCACCUACCUCCUUUACGGAGAUAACACCACAGAUAGAUCACAUUGGGACUGCCCUCCUGUCAGAGAUGCUUGCAUACGAUCCUCUCCAGCGCUGCUCUGCUGCCGAUGCCAUGAAGCACGAAUACUUCAAUGGUGAUGCUGUCAGGCAGGCAUCGGGCAAGUAGUUUCCAAAUAUCGCUGAGCUAGGCGCUAGAGCAGUAUGAUGUGGAUAUGAUGAUUUCGGUUUGCAAUUGUCAGUAUAUGUAAACAGCCCAAAGAAAGUGCGCACCACUAGCCUGCUCUUGCCUUUGGCAUAGCUUUAUUGCGGGCACGGGUUAACACAAGGAGAUCUGGCGCAACUAGAUUAAUGCAAGGAGAUCUGGCGCCCCCCCCCCCCGGGCAGCGCCCCCGGGCGUGCUUAAUGCCCCACGCUUGGCUAUGGCCGCCCGCUAUGGCCGCCGGAUUACCGGUAAAGCCCCGAGCCGCCCCGGUUGUUAUGUACGGAACUUAGAUUCUUUACAAGC